AGAUGUUACAGUUUCUACUAGCUGUUCGAUUGCACUGAAGCGGAGCCACUGUGAAAAUCUGAAGGCGGCGAGGUGGAGCUCGAGAUAAGAACGGUAGCUGCAGCUAUGAGUCUGAUGACCUUUAUCAGAAAGAUGUCUGUCGUGCGGCUACUGUAUGUUACAGCUAUAUGUGUGGCUACAGCUCCCCACCAUGUCGGGUCUCAUUCCAACCCCAUCUCUGGCACUCCGGUCCAUGGAGAAAUUAAGUCGUUCAGCUUAUUAACAGGUGUAUUGAUCCAGAAUGCUAUCAGAAUCCGCCCCAUUCGCUCCUACGUUGGCCGUUCUAACGGUCAUUCUCUUCCUGUUGUACAAAUAUGUUGUGCAUCCAGCGUUGUUCUCCCCGCUAUCACGGAUCCCCGGCGCUCACUGGAGCACAUCUCUCAGUCCCGUCUGGAUACUAUGGACGAGAUAUAAGAGUAUGGAAAUCCGCACAUUACACCAGAAACAUCACCAAUUGGGACCGGUGAUCCGUCUGGGGCCAAAUGAUAUUAGCGUGAACUGCGUCAAGGGCGGCAUAUCGACGGUUUAUGCCGGAGGAUUCGAGAAGCAUGCGUGGUACUCGAACCUUUUUAACAACUAUGGCGUGCCGAACAUGUUUUCGACUUGCCAAGGGCGGCCGCAUUCGGUCCGCAAGAGAAUGAUGUCGAACGUCUACUCGAAGUCAUACAUGCAUGGCUCCAAAGCAAUGAUCGAGAUUACCACCGAAUUAAUCUACCGGCGGCUAUUGGUGAGAUUUGAGGAAUAUUCCAGCACCGGUAAAGAUGUAGACAUCUACAAAGUUUCCAGUGCCAUUACCAUGGAUUUUGUGACCGCAUUUUUGUUCGGGCUGGCAUCGAGCUCGAACUUGACGAUGGACGAUGAGAGGAGAGACUGGUUUCUGGAACUGUAUAACAGUCGACGGAAGUAUAACUUCUGGCCUCACGAGCUUCCCAAUCUUACAAAAAUUGCGAAAUGGGCUUGUGUACCGCUGGUUCCUAAGUGGGUGGAUGGGGCCAACGCGACCAUCGAAUCAUGGACUCUGGAAAUGUGCGAUGGGGCAUCAAAAGCCGUCGGCCAGCAGCCUUCCUCCAAGAUCGCCCCUAGCUCUCCCGAUUUUCCCAUCGUAUAUGCGCAACUUGAUUCGGCUAUCCGCGAUGGAAGAUCGAAACAAGAUAUGGACUCAGACCUAGCUCUAUCUCCACUACAGCGUCUCACAAUCGCCAGUGAGAUGCUCGACCAGCUCGCCGCCGGCUUCGAUACGUCCGGAAUAACGCUCACGUACGCCAUCCACGAACUCAGCCACCAUCCUCAUCUACAAAAUCUCCUCCGCUCCUCCCUCACCACCCUCACCCCGCCCAUCACCCCCCUCUCCACUCCUUCCCUCCCCUCCCCAAAAGCCCUCGACGCCCUCCCCCUCCUCCACGCCAUCCUCUACGAGACCCUCCGCCUUCACGCCGCGAUCCCCGGGGCGCAGCCGCGGAUUACCCCCGGAAAACCCUGCAUUCUCGGCACCGCGGCGAAUGGCGGGGAGUAUUUCGAUAUCCCUGCGGGCGUACGCAUCAGCGCACAGGCGUGGAGUCUUCAUCGGAAUGAAGAGGUGUUUCCGCAGGCUGAGGAGUGGCGGGUUGGGAGAUGGUUGAAGUGGAGGGAUGAGAGCGGACGAGCAGGGGAGGUGGUGGACGUGGAGAUGGUGGGGGUUGGGGAGUUGCGGUGGUUAGAGGUGCGGAAUGAUGUAGAGAUGAAUCGGUGGUUCUGGGCGUUCGGGAGUGGUGGGCGGAUGUGCAUUGGCAGUAACCUGGCCAUGUAUCAGAUGAAGUCCAUCAUGGCGUGCUUGUAUGGCAAUUUUACGACGAGGAUCGUUGAUGACGAGGGCAUUGAGCAGAGGGAUGCGUACACGGCUCCUCCAAAGGGUGAGAAACUGAUAAUCCGGCUUGAGGCCUCAGCUAUUUGAACACCUUUCAAAGAGAUCAUGGGGACAAGGCGAUCGCUGCAGGCGUCAUAAUCACUGUUAUGAGCGCUAGCUGAGAUGGCCGGUACAUUUUCAAAUACAGCCGGUUACAGGCGGUUUGAGCCUGUCGUACAAUCAUUUUAACUGCUUCUUCCCUACCCCUGGCUUUUACGCGUCCUUCAAUCUUUACUUUUCGCCCUCUGCUUUUGGCUUCCGUGAGCAGCCAUCACGAAUUGUACUCGCUCUUCCAGGUCUUGUAAAUCCCGAGACAAUAUCACAUAGUCAAUCCCCUGCACGUCAAGCAAUCUCCGAAAACUCGCAUCGACAUUCGCCUAGUCCUCGUUGUCUUUCGGCAUCAAUCGCGUCCCGUCGUCAACCAGCCAAGUGCCUCCAGUCUCGCAGAGAAUCACAGUCCCGGAUCUCAUGUUGUCAGCCAUUAGCGUCCAUAUUAGAGAGGCAAGCAGCUUUCGGGCUGACUCCGCUCC